ACGUGUACGCUUGUAUGAUAUUUUGUAUUCAAACAUUAUAAAUUAUUAUAAUAUUAUAAUAAAGUAUAUUAUAAGAUUAAUAAUUUUAUAUAAUAAAUAAUUAUUAGUUUAUAUUAUAAGAUGAAGAAAUCUAUUAAAGAUGAAAAGAAAUCUAUUAAAAACAAACCGAUAAGGGAUUUCGUGAAGGAAUUUGAUGAUCCAAGACAAGCAAUGCACAGUGCUUUACAAGAACAAAAAAACGCCAUUUCUAGACUGAAUUUAAUAAAAAAAGAAAGAGAAGAAAUGGAUAUGAAAAUGGAAAAAUUUAACGUUGAAAUGAGUGAAUUUAAAAAAAACGUACACGAAAAAUUAUUAAAAGCGGAAGACGACAUAGAUACAAUUAACGAAUGUGAGCAUAUUAUUAAAGAUGAAAAAAUGAAACAGAAAGAUUAUCAAAGAAAAAUUAAAUCUAUUGUUAAUAACAAAAAAAAAUUAGACGAAAUCGUUCAAGAUGCAAGGUCUCGUAUUGAAAGUUAUAAACCUUACGAGGAAUUUAUUUCAAAAGUAAUUGCGAAAAACCCUCGAUAUGAAAAUGUGUUUGAUAUCAUUAAACAUGUAGAAGAAAUGGCUUGUAUAAGAAACAUGGGUUCAAUUUCAAAGUUAAAAGUAUCUGAUUUUAAUGAAAAAGAACAAACAAAUAACGACAAUUCUGAAGAUAUUCAUCAUAAGCAAACUAAAAAUAAAGAAGUAAUUUUAAAUGUAGACUUUAACGAUCCUCGAACUUAUCUAGAUGAACUUAAGAAGGCUGAUUUAAUGUACAUUGAGAAGAAGGCAAACAUUAAAUCUAAGCAUAAAACUGAAAUACAUUUAAAUCCUGUCAAUCCAGAGUAUCUUAAAACAGAUCUGGAUUUAAUGGAGGAUAAAAUAAGAUUUGAACAAUCGAAAGACAUCAUUAACGAAAUAAGAGAAAGAGAAGAAGAAAAUACUUUUGUUAUCAGUUCAAUUUUUCAACAGUAUAGGGAAUUAUAUUUUCAAAAUAAUGGUAAACUACCAACGGAAUUUCCGACGGCAGAAGAUCAGUUAGCAUAUAUUUUUAAUUUCUACAAAAAAUUAAAAAAACGAGUGGAAAUUUAUGAAAACUUAAAAUCAGGCAAAAAAACAGUGAAAGAUUAUAUUUCAGAAACAAAAAACUAAAAUUUUAGAACAUGUACUUGAACUAAAGUUUAAUAAUAAAAUAAAAAUUCAUAAACACU